GGCGCUUCCUCCGGCUGUGCGGGCGAGCACGACCGGAUCCAUUAAUUUUUCCAAAAGGAAAAUAAUUUGCGCCGUCUUUUUCGGUCUUAAGUCCUCUUCAAGGACUUGGAGAGUCGGAAGUGUUCUUGCGGUUGUGUGUAAACUGGAAACUAAACCGAACCCAGGUCCUGUGCAAAAUCAGUGUCUGCACUCCGUUGAGCCAUCUGCAGCCCCAACAGCACUUCUCAAAAACAGGAAAAUGCUUUAAAAAACCAAAGAUUUAAUACAUCAACAGGAUUUGCUAAGAGGACUAUUUCCUGUGAGAUACAAAUGGACUCAGUGACCUUUGAGGAUGUGGCUGUGUACUUUGCCAAAGAAGAGUGGAACUUAUUGGAUGCAUUUCAGAGAAACCUCUACAGAGAUGUGAUGUUGGAGAACUACCAGAACUUGGCCACAGUAGGAGUUCAGUUUGUCAAACCCAGCCUCAUCUCUUGGUUGGAGGAAGUAAAUUUGUUGACUAUAGUGGAAGAAGGAGUUCUCCAAGAAUGGAAAAUGGACCUUGAGGCAAAAGAGACAGAACUUCAGCUGGAUGGUUUUUGGCCAGAUAUAUCAACCGAGAUACAACUGACAUUAAUAAAGGCAGGAAUCUGGAAUGGAGGGGAGCUCUAUGACUCUAAGAAGGUUGGAAAAUUCUUCCGUGAACACCAAUGCCUUCAGACACACAGAAAUAUUCAAAAUACAGAGAAAAAUUCUCAAUAUAAUUGGUAUAAAAAAGACUCACUUUCUUCAGCCAGGAAAGCCUCUACUGAAGAGAAACUUUCAGUGUUCAUUCAGUGUAAAGAAACCUUUGCCCUGAUGCCAAGCAUUGCUUACCAGAGGGCAUGCAUUCCGGACAAUUCCUUUGAAUGCAGUGAUUGUGGGAAAGCCUUUGUUAAUCAGUUGCAACUUCAGGCACAUAGCAGAGCUCACAGUAAAGAAAAUUUCUUUGAAAUGGAGCAAAGUAAGAAAGCUUUUACUCAAUCUACAAAUUGUUCUGCUUUAGAGAGAUGCUAUGAAGAUAAGGAAUGUGGAAAAGCCUUCACUGUUCACUCAGGCCUAACUACACAUGUACGAAGUCAUAAGAGGCAGAAGUCUUAUGAAUGCAUAGAGUGUGGGAAAGUAUUUGGUAAAUGCUCAGGACUUACUGAGCAUGUGAGAAGUCACACGGGUGAAAAACCUUUUAAAUGUAACCAAUGUGGAAAGGCUUUUGCUUCUUCAUCUUACCUUACUGCACAUUUGAGAACUCACACUGGAGAAAAGCCCUUUGAGUGUACAGUAUGUGGGAAAGCAUUUACACGUUCCUCCUACCUUCGAAUUCACAUGCGAACUCAUACUGGAGAGAAACCCUAUAAUUGUAAGGAGUGUGGGAAAACCUUUGCUGUGCGCUCGUGCCUUAAUAAACAUUCACGGAUACACACCGGGGAGAAGCCUUAUGAUUGUAAGGAAUGUGAGAAGGCCUUUACUAGCUUUUAUCAACUAACUGAACAUAUGAAAAUUCAUACUGGUGAGAAACCCUUUGAAUGUCAGGUGUGUGCAAAAUCAUUUAGGAAUUCCUCCUGCCUUAAGAAGCACUUCCAAAUUCACACUGGAAUAAAACCAUACCAAUGUAAGGACUGUGGGAAAGCCUUCAGUGGACGGACUAGCUUUACCACACAUGUAUUGACUCAUACUGGGGAGAAGCCGUAUGAGUGUAAGGAAUGUGGGAAAGCCUUCAGUACAUCCUCAGGCCUUAUUGAACACAUAAGAAGUCACACAGGAGAGAAGCCCUUUGAAUGCUAUCAAUGUGGAAAGGCCUUUGCAUCUUCCUCAUAUCUUACUGCACAUUUGAGAACUCACACUGGAGAGAAGCCAUUUGAGUGCACAAUGUGUAGUAAAGCGUUUACACGUUCCUCCUACCUUUGCAGACACAUGAAAACUCACACUGGAGAGAAAACCCAUGUAUGUAAGGAUUGUGGGAAAGCCUUCAGUGGGUGCUCAUGCCUUAAUAGACACAUAAGCACACACACUGGGGAGAAGCCCUAUCCAUGUUAGUGAUGUGGGAGGGCAUUCAUCAGCUUUUCGUAACUCACUGUAACAUACAAAACUCAUACUGGUGAGAUGCCUUUUGGAUGUCAGAUAUGUACAAGAUCCUUAAGAAAUUCUGCAUGCCUUAAGUUGUACUUCUGAGUUCACACCGGACUAAAAUCAUAUAAAUGUAAGGACUGGAAAAGCCUUUAGUGGCUAUACUGGCUACACAUAUGCGGACUCACAUUAGAGAAAAACCCUAUGAAUGCAGAGAAUGUCAGAAUGCCUUCACUCCAUCUGCACAUUUUAACAUCUAAGAAGUCACACAGGAGAGCAACCCUUUGAAUGAACCAGUGUGGGAAGGCAUUUGUUUCCUUCUCUAAAUGUUCAUUUGAGAACUCAACACUGGAUGAGGCCCUUUGAUUGUACAAGGUGUGGCAAAGCACUUAGGUAUUCUUUCAACUUUUGAGAGUGUAUGUUGGAGAGUUGCCCUAUGUAUAUAAGAACUGUGGGAAAGUUUUUACUGGGCACUUUGCUCUUAUUAAACAUGCACACAUACUAUAGAGAAACCCUAUAAGGAAGGGUUGUAAGGAACCCUAUAAGGUUGUAAGGAAUCGAGGAAGCUUCCACUGUUCAUACUUGAGUGGAUAUAAGCUCUAAAUUGAAAGAAUAUGAGAAAGGCUUCACUUAAUCUUCUGCUCAUGUGGAACAUAAAUAAUCACGGAGUGAUACUCAUGUAAAGAAUGACAAAGUCUCCUAAGGAGUGUUCACGUUUUGAAGCUCAACACAGGUAGUCAGUUGUCCUAGAAGUGGCUUAACAGAUGUACUUUUCCUCCUGAGAUUGGUUGGUUCCCAAUGCUCAUGUUGAGCCAUUCAACAUGAGCUCUAGGGAGAUUUGAUGGCUCUGGCCUCUGUGGACACUUGUACUUAUAUGUACAUGCCUCACACACAGACUUAAUUUUAAAUAAAUCUUGAAAAUACAUGAAGGCCUCAACAUUCAAGAAGCCCCAUGAAAGUGAUAAUCUUGGAAAAGUAAUUAGAGUCUACUCACAAUCUGACAAGUAGGAGACCAUACAGUGUAACACAGAAACUCCACUACUUCCUCAGAUUUUGCUAAGUAUGUGAAAAAUUGCAGUAGAGCAAAAUACUAUUGAUAUGUAAUACAUAUAGUAGUUAUAUGUCUGCUAAGUAGUUUAAUGUUCAUCUUUGAACUCACAGUAGAGAAGAACUUCAUGAAAAGAAAUACUAGAACACCACACACACACACACACACACACACACACACACACACACACACACACUACCUUUGCUACAUGUGAUACACACUGAAGACAAAUUACAUUUAUGGAAUAUGGCAAAUGCUUCCAUAAGUUCUUACAUCUUGUGUGCUCACAGAAACUUCUACGUGUAUAACUUGUGUUAGCUUUUUGGGGGCAGAUUGGAAUAAACAUCCAUUCACCCUAGAUAGGGCACUGAUAACAGAUAAAUUAUUCUAUCCAAAUAGAGGUUGGUGGACUGCUGAACUCAAUUAGGGUUACUUAUAGGAAUAAGGGUUAGGGGUUUCUGGUUGUUUGAAUAAGAAUGGUCCCCAUCGGCACAUAUUUGAAUGCUUAGUCACCAUGAAAUGGAACCAUUUGAGGAUUAGGAGGUGUGACCUUGUUGAAGAAAGUAUGCCAUUGAGAGGGGGAGUUGCCAGACCCAGUCUCACUCUGCCUAUAGAUCAGGUGUAUAACUCUCAGCUACUUCUCCAACUCCGUGUCUGCCUGAGUGGUGCCAUGUUUCCUGCCAUGAUUAUAAUAGAGUAGCCCCUGAAACUAAGACAGUCCCCAAUUAAAUACUUUCAUAAGAA